UCGAACAACGCGAACCCAAAGCCAAAAUAAACUUUAUUCUCGUUGUUGUUGUUGCUGUUGUUUUUUUGUUAAUGUGAUAAAUGUUGUUGUUGUUUUGUGAAUGUGUUUCCUUGAUUAUUCCAGGCCAUUUAAAUGGCUGUAAUCAAGUGAUCACUUGUUAAACACAUCGAUUAAAAAAUCUUUCAUGGCAUAAAAAAGAAAAACUGUUAUCAAUUAAAAGCAAUUUAAACGUUAAUCGCUACUGCCACAGGAAACGGGAAGAACGGGAGCAAGAACAAGCGAAAUGCCAGCCAAAAAAAAAACGAGGCGCCAGCAGAGGCAACAGCAGGCGGGCGCUAAGGAGCAGCUGAAGGAGUCGGCGCCAGCUUAUCGAGUGGAGCACUCGGAGCUCUACGGGCGCUAUUUGGUGGCCAAUCGUACGCUGGCUGCUGGCGAGCAGCUCAUCCGAGAGCAGCCGCUGGCAAUCGGGCCAUGCGUUAGCUGCGAACCCGUCUGCCUGGGCUGCUACCAGCCGGUCCAAUUGGGGCCGGAGCAAUGCCGUUGCCAGGGCUGCGGCUGGCCACUGUGCGACGCCAACUGUCGAGGACUCGGCCAGGGCAAUGGACACAGUCGCGAGGAAUGCGAACUCUAUGGCCAGCAGCGCGCGCAGGCAGCUGACCUGCUCAAGCUGAACGCCUCACCCGACGCGGUGCGCGAUCUCUACGAACUGGUCCUGAUCGUGCGCAUUUUGCUGAUGCGAAAACACCAACCGGAGCAAUACGCCAAGAUACGGCUGAUGGAAUCGCACACAGAGCUAAGGCGCGAGAAUCUCACGCUCUGGCAGCACUACGAGAAGAAGGUUGUGAGACGACUGCUCGACGAUUGGCAGCUGACCGGCGAGCUGGGCGAGCUGGAGCCAGCGGAGCUGCACGAGAUCUGUGGCAUUUUGGAUGUGAACUGCUUUGAGAUUGGGCAACGAGGGGGCAAGGCGCGUACGCUAUAUCCGAGCGCCUUUCUGCUCGCGCACGACUGUCGACCUAACACAUCGCACACGGACGAUCCUCAGAACUAUUCGAUUAUCUUGCGGACGUCUCGAUCGGUGCGCGAGCAGGAGACGCUGACGCUCAGUUAUGCGUAUACGCUGCAGGGCACCUUGAAGCGUCGCACCUUCAUACAGGGAGGCAAGCUGUUCUGGUGCCAGUGCCAGCGCUGUGCCGAUCCCCGUGAGCUGGGCAGCGACUGCAGCGACCUCGUCUGCAAAAUCUGUCGAACAGGCAACAUUCGAGCCACAGAGCCGCUCAAGCAGGACGCUGACUGGGCCUGCGAUCACUGUGCCCAUCGCAUCGACUCGGUUCAGCUGGAGCGUCUCUUAGACAGCAUCAACGAUGAUCUCGAGUCCAUCGAUGUCCACGACAUUCCCGCCUUGGAGAACUUUCUCAUACGAUAUCGCGAAGUGCUGCGCCCCAAUCAUUAUCUCUUGCUGUCCGCCAAGUACUCGCUGUGCCAGAUCUACGGCCGCAUCGAGGGCUACCUGCUGCCACAGCUGUCUCCGCAGGACAUUGAGCGCAAGGAGCGCUAUUGCCGUGACUUCCUGGCUGUCAUCGAUAUACUCGAACCGGGUCUAACCCGACUGCGUGGUCUCAUCAUGUACGAGCUGCAUGCCCCGAUCAUGGUGCUCGCUCAGCUGGGCAUGCAGAGCGGUCAAAUGUCUCGCCAGGAGUUUCAGCGGCGCAUCAAGGAGGUGGUGCGGCUGCUUAAAGAGAGCGCACACAUCCUGCAGCUGGAACCGCCCGGUUCCAGCGAGCACGAAAUGGGCCUAGCCGCAGCUGAUGCGCUAGCCAAAAUCAAUGGACAACUGUAGAUCAGAAGAGCAAUCACGACUCUCAGUUGAAGAAGCCUAAUGGAAUUUUGUGGACUGCAAAGCUGGGCACAGCUAAAGCUGGCAUACAUCAUGAAACCGAAAGGAUUAUACAAGGACUAUACGUAUAUAUAAAUAAUAAUAUUGUUAGAA